AGGGAGCUGAGACGCAGCGAUAAGGACUUGAGCUGAGAACCAGUGAAACGCGCCUAUGAAAGAACAAGAGAUCAUUUAAAUACUUGAAGUAUAGAAUUUGAAUGUUUUUGCACUUUCUAAGUUUUUUUCUUCCCCUCGGCAGUCAGUAGCAUCAACUUUGGAAUCUGAACCACAACUGAUUAGGACUCGAUAACUUUAUUUUAAAAAUUUGUUUAAUUUUCGUAUUGUUUUAUUUAUUGGUGUAUGCAUUUGAAUUUCGCUUGCUGUUAAAGCACAGAGAGCCUGUGCAAUCGCACACAGUGGCGCACGCUGACUGAUGCUGUACUUGUGAAUGGGCGGACUGGGUGCGAACUUGGGUUCAACAUUUUAUCUCAGCAUGUUUAAUGGGACUGAGGCAAUAAGUUUUGGCAAAGAAUCAGAAACCACUAGUCACCACCAUCACCACCACCACCACCACAGCAAGGAUCUCUCAGAGCUGAAGAUGGGAAUUCAAGACGCUAGAUUUUUCUAUCAGGACUCUAGCCCGACUGGACAGGAGCACAGUUCGCUACCUUACAGCCAGACUUUGACCGGAGUCGGGGGCCAAAGCGGUCGGUUUUUCACUUCGGCAGCCCUCAAUAACUGUCCCUACAACCCCAUACGGUCCCCAAGCGGAGGAGGCGGGGGACAGGUGUACACAAACCCGGGGAGCGACGUUUUCGCCUCUGCUGGGGGCGAAAUUUACCCCCCCAACAGGGAAGGGUAUUCUUCCAGCCCGUUUCACCACGGGUAUCCACGGGCGCCGCUGUAUCCCUUGCCCGGACUUCAAGUUUGUGGGACAACGCAGGCGGUUUUAAAUAACUACCCGCUAUGGGCGAAGUUUCAUAAGUAUCAGACUGAAAUGAUCAUCACUAAACAGGGACGGCGGAUGUUCCCUUUCCUGAGUUUCAACAUCACUGCUCUGGACCCUGCGUCCCAUUACAACGUAUAUGUGGACGUGGUUCUGGCGGAUCAGCACCACUGGCGCUACCAGGGAGGGAAGUGGGUCCAGUGUGGCAAGGCAGAGGGAAACAUGCCAGGUAACAGGAGUUACAUGCACCCCGACUCACCUAACUCAGGAGCGCACUGGAUGAGGCAGGAGAUCUCCUUCGGGAAACUCAAACUGACCAACAACAAGGGAGGCUCCAACAACACAGGGCAGAUGAUCGUGCUGCAGUCUCUACACAAGUACCAGCCUCGACUGCACAUUGUGGAAGUGAAGGAGGACGGCACCGAGGAGCCACACAUGACUUGCAAGACCCAGACCUUCUGCUUCCCGGAGACCCAGUUCAUCGCUGUCACUGCCUACCAGAACGCAGACAUCACACAGUUGAAAAUCGACCACAACCCCUUUGCUAAAGGAUUCCGGGACAACUUUGAGUCGAUGUACACACACGUUGAGAGUGACCGGCUAACCCCCUCCCCUCAGGAGGCCUCCAGCUGCCAGCAGCUCCUGUCCAGUGGGCGCUACCCCCAGCCGUACCUGUCCGAACCCUACCUGAGCCCCCUCCAACAGAGCCGAUACUACAGCCUCGAUCGGGCAACCGCGGGUCUCCCCGGGCAAGCCAAGGAGCCUGGUGUCGGCAGCAGCAGUCCACACAGCCGCUGGUACCUCCCAGGGCAGCAGACGCCCACCACGGCGAACCGGCUGGACUUCAGCUCCUACGAAUCCGACUAUGCCGCUAACGCCUUCGUCUCCUACAAACCCUUCCCCAUCCAGACCUCCGCGCACCACCCCCUGGGUUACUACCCGGAGCAUCCUUUUGGGUCGACCCCGGCUUCGGGGGCCUGGGGUUCCAGUCGGGCCACUUCCCAGUACCACCACCACCACCACAAACCCGGGCCCGGGCUCAGUUGGUUCAGACCGGCGCCAGCGGACCCCCGACCUCAUACCUCCGUGGUCCCGGAGCUCCAGCAGGGCCAGCCCUCUCUCCCUGCUGCCCUCCCACAGCAGGACAAGGCGAAGGAGGCCGGAGGGGAAGAUUCCUCCUGGUUGGAGCCCCCCUCGGUGAAGUCCGUAGACUCAGCCGAUUCGGGGCUGUACGAAGGGGCGGAGAGCAAGAAGAGGAGGGUGUCUCCGUACGCCUCAAGCACAGAGAGCUCUCCCCCAACCCGCGCAGGAGAGGCCUGUGAGAAGGACAGCAGCGAUGCUGGCUAUUACGGGUUUUACGCGAACUGAACGCAAAACCUGCCGCGGAAAUGAAUACCGAAACGUGCCGAGCCAGGACGCCGAAUUUCAAAUAACACCCGUAGAUUGGGAUGGUCCUUUUUGGGUUAUGUAAAAAAAAAAAUUUUAAAUUAAAGACUAUAUAUGGGUGCCCUGAACUCUCUCUCUCACAAACGCUGUUUCUGUUGCCAGGCCUUUUGGCCUUGUCAAUCAUACACAUCGGAAGUUGGUCCUAAAACACUGUGGGAAGUGUAAGCAGAAUUAAAUGGUACCAUGUUAGUCUUGCAGGCGACAUGGUUGUAGCACACUUAAAAACGAGAAGUAUUGGGAGCUCCCCUACGCCCUCUAGAACUGGCUUUCCCAUUGCAUGUUAGUGACCCCUGCUGGUUGAAUAUAUAUUCCCACACACAUUAAAAUCCACUCAGUUAUUCCUUCAGUGCUCACAAACUACCUUGCCAACUCUAGUGCCUACAGCAUCUGUUUCAGCAGGGCUAUGUGGAAACUAAACUAGAGCACACAUUCUAAGGUUGUUAUGGUUACCAAGGAGGGAGUUAUUUCACCAAAAUCUGAAGAAUUCUUGAAUUUGUAGUUCCCAAGGUGCAUUGGCUAUGGAGUCGAGUCAAAAAGCAGAAAUUAACAUUUAAACCUGUGUCAAUGAAAAAAAAAAAAAGCUAUAUAUAUAUCUAUGUUGUUUUGUGUAAAUACCGGUACUGCAAAUGAAAUGUUAAACUUUAUAUAUGUUUUUUUUUUUUUUUUUUUUUUUUUACAGUUAGAACCAGUGAAUUAGUGAUUUUAUUUUUUUGUAAUUGUAUUUAUAUUUAUUUUUUUAAACAGAUCUUUCAGGUUUAUAACCAGCCAGAAUCUGAAUGUGAUAGACCGGUUACCGACCCAAAACACAAGCAGCAAACGAAAAUUAUUCAAAACCUUUGUCGACGAGUCUACCAAUACGACUGGCUGUUUUAUACUUUUGCUGUUUAGAAGCACUGGGGUGAGCAGGGAACUGUUUUUGAUUGUUGUGCCUCUAACAAUCGAGCGGGGUGGGGCGGGGUGGGUACACCUCUACUGCAUAGUCUGCAGCUCAUUUCACCAUUACUGUUUGAACUUUCCGAUUAAACAGACAUAAGAAUAAAAGGCGUGGGUUUCAAAGGGAGUUUGCAGUAUGCACAAUCCAAUCAUUCCUGGUGCUGUGACGUGAUGCAUAAUGGCAUGGAGUAAAUUAUAAUAGAUUUAAGUGCAAUUGCAGGGUGGGUGAUAUAUAUAUUUUUUAAGAGGGACAAUGAAAUGCUUUUUUUUUUUCUUGUGUUAAUACAUUUUGGAAAUGCAGACAUUUCAACUGCACAAGUGUCAAUCGGACCACGUGACCUACAGCACAGGAAGUGAUACGGUCACACAUGCUAAUGAAAUCUAAGAAAAAGAAUUUUACAACUUUGGUUAUAUCGGCCCUUUAUAAAGCUGGGGAAAUGAUUUUGCCUCUUCAGUUUUAAAUUCCACUUUCAAGUAAACCGAAUUGUUUUUUUUGUUUUUUUAGGCUGGUUAUAGCAUUUUUGUAAAUAUUUCUGUUCCCUCAUUGCGCCAAUAUCAAAUGUAUAUCAAAUACAUUUUUUUCUGGUAUUUAAUUUAAUGCCUAUUAUGUGUGUUCUGUAUGAUAUGUUAAUGUUUCUGCUCAUAUCAUUAUUUACCAGGCUUAAUUAUCCCAGCAAAAGUUGCUACUGUAUUUAAAAAAAGGCUGGGGAAGACCAUUAGUGACGCGCAGUGCACCGACGCCCAUAACACCUGCACUGAAGCCUGCGCACCAUUGAUAUUCUUCCCCAAGGUCUACCUUUUUAGAUGCAAUUGUAUCUGUAAUACUUAAGCACGGUAGAUACCGAUCGAAGCAGAAAUAUUAUGAGAAAAAAAAAUGAGAAAAAAAAGUUAUAAAAAAUAUUAUUUUGAAUAUAUGAUUUAUGGUACAAGGAAAAGAUUUAUUUAUUUAAAGCUGGCUCUACAUUGUGAAACUGUGCAGUGUCUUUUUUUUUUUUUUUUUGAAAUAAACAACUUAAUAAAUAACAGCGUCGC